UGUCACUGACCCUACGUGGGAGAAGGGGGUUGUCAUGAUAAUUUAUCUUUUAUGACCUUUGUGAGCCUUGGUGAAGACAUAGUUCAUUAGCAGAGAUGCUGAUGUGCAUCCCAUGCUGGCUUUCUUCUCCCUUGCCUCCCUAUUACAUGCAGAACACAAUGCAACAUGUCACAACACUGCAAAAUGCCUGUAAGAAAAGCCCAGGCAACCCACUUUACCUCCUGAAACACUCUGACAUGUCUGACCUUGUUGGAUGAAACAAACUGCUAAAGUGAGGGCAGUGGACCAGAAUAACCCAGAGAGAGCCCCCUCCAUGAAGAUCAUGACUUAGUUACCGGUAAUUUGUCUGACCACAGGUUUGGCAGAGCAGCACAAUAGAUACAGCCCUGGUUGGUUUGUUAUUUUUACCUCAAACCAAAACUUCCUCCCUUCUAGGGAAAGUGUGAAGUUCUAGUUCCUGAGUGUAUGUUGUAUCGGUGAUAUUUGCAGAUGCGUAGGCUGGUUAUGUAAAUAAUCUAAGGUACUUUAGAGUCUGAGAUUCUCUCAACUGAGAGGCAGUAAGAGUCCAUUAUAUACUUCCCUUCUCUGAGAGCUUUGUUCCAACAGUGUCAUGCAUUCUCCUCCAUUCCUUUUAUAUUGGUAUCUCUUGGCUUCAUGUUAUGGGGCUUUCAGAUGCCAGAACACGGAUCUGUCUUCGGAAUUCAGGAUGGACGGGGAUUACACAAUUGCAGGGUUUUUCCAAAUGCACAGCUACUCAGCAACAGCGAAACCUAGACCAGAAGUUGACAUAUGUGACAGCGCGGGCUCUGUAAACAGCCACGGCUACCACCUGUUCCAGGCCAUGCGCUUUGCCAUUGAGCAGAUAAACAACUCCAGCAGCCUCCUCCCCAACGUCACGCUGGGCUACGAGAUGUUCGACACGUGCUCAGAAUCUGCCAACCUGCACGCCACACUGAGCAUCCUGGCCCCGAGCGGGCAGCACCCAGUGGAAGUGCUCAGCGACUUCACCCGCUACCAGCCCAAGGCCGUGGCUUUGAUAGGGCCAGAUAGCAGCCAAUUCACCCUCACCACCGCAGCGAUCCUGAGCAUCUUCCUCAUGCCCGAGAUCAGUUACGAAGCCUCCAACGAGAUGCUGAGCCUGAAGCGGACCUACCCCUCGUUCCUGCGCACCAUCCCCAGCGACAGGCUGCAGGUCGAGGCGCUCGUGCUCCUGCUGCAGGAGUUCGGGUGGAACUGGAUUGCGGUGGUGGGCAGUGAUGAUGCCUAUGGCAGGAACGGGAUAAAGACCCUGCAGGAGGUGAUGGGGAAGCACGACAUCUGUGCUGCCUUCCAAGGAGUCAUCCCCGCAAAGAGGGGCACCAGCCGCCAGGAGCUGAAGGAGAUGGUUAGAGUCCUCUUGGGGACCGGGGUCAAUGUCACCAUCGUCUUCUCCAACGAGUACAGCGCUAAAGACUUCUUCGAGGUGGUGGGGCAGGCGAACGUGACGGACAAGGUGUGGCUGGGCACCGAGGCCUGGUCUCUAGCCUCGGUUGUCUGGGGCAUCCCCGGCAUCCACAGGAUCGGCUCAGUGAUCGGCUUGUCGGUCAAGCAGGCGAAGCUUCCAGGCCUGGAGGAAUUUGAAUCUGCCCACGGGACCCCCGACCAGCCGCAGGCAGCCACAUGUGCCCCUGCCCCGGAUGCUACCGGGAGCAGCCGCACUGACAGCACCCACCAAAGCUGCAAUCGGGUCUGCACCAGCUGCAGCUUCCAGGCGGAUGCACCUCAGGCGUUCGACAUUUGGGCCUCCUUUAACGUGUAUUCGGCAGCGUUCGCCGUGGCCCACGGCCUGCACGACCUGCUGGGCUGCGGCAUGGGAGCGUGCAGCAAAGACAAAGUCUACCCCUGGCAGCUGCUGGAAAAGAUCAAGCGGGUGAAUUUCAGCCUGCAGGACAGCCAGGUGCAGUUUGAUGCCAGUGGGGACCCACUGACAGGCUACGACCUCAUCGCGUGGAAGUGGACUGGCCAGACCUGGGCGUUUGAUGUCAUUGGGUCUUUCCUGCGAGAGCCAGACAGACUGAUCAUCGCCCGAGAGGGCAUCCUGUGGCACGCAGCGGGGAAUCAGGUGCCGGUGUCUACGUGCUCCCAGCUGUGCGCCGAAGGGGAGAAGAGGCUGCAGGUGGGGUUUCACCAGUGCUGCUUUGACUGUGCGGCCUGCCCCGCGGGAACCUUCCUGAACAGCAGCGACCUCUACAAUUGCCAGCCCUGUGGGACAGACCAGUGGGCCCCCGUGGGGAGUGAAAUCUGCUUCAAUCGGACCACGGAAUUCCUGUCCUGGGACGAGCCCGUCUCCUGGGCCCUGCUGGCGGCCAUCACGCUGCUGCUGCUGCUGCUGGCUGGGACGGCUGUCCUCUUCGCCCAGAACCUCCCCACACCGGUGGUCAAGUCGGCAGGCGGCAGGUCGUGCUUCCUCAUGCUGGGCACGCUCAUCUGUGCCUGCUGCAGCCUUUACUGCUACUUCGGGGAGCCCACCCGGCCCGCGUGCCUCCUGCGGCUGCCUGUCUACUCCAUCAGCUUCACCGUCUGCCUCUCGUGCAUCGCGACCCGCUCCUUCCAGAUCGUCUGCGUCUUCAAACUGGCUUCCAAGUGGCCUGCCUUCUAUGGCGCCUGGGUAAGGCACAGCGGGCCCAGCCUGUUCAUCGCAGCCUGCACAGCCACCCAGCUGGUCGUGUGCCUGGUCUCGCUCAGCACCAGCCCCUCCGUGCCCAGGAAGGACUACACAACGGAGGAUACCCUGAUCAUCCUGCAGUGCUCAGAAGACAGCUCUUCGUGGGGCCUGCUGUACAACACACUGCUCAGCAUCUGCUGCUUUGUCAUCAGCUACCUGGGGAAAGACCUGCCCGAGAACUACAAUGAGGCCAAGUGCGUCACCUUCAGCCUGCUCAUCAAUUUUGUCUGCUUCAUCUGCUACCUCGCCACAUGGGUCUUCUACCAGGGCAAGUACCUGGCGGCCAUCACCGUGCUGUCCAACCUGUGCACCCUGGCCGGGCUCUUCGGGGGCUACUUCCUCCCCAAGGGCUACAUCAUCCUCUUCCGCACGGAGCUCAACACCACCGAGCACUUCCAGCUUUCCAUCCAGAGCUACACCCAGAAGAAGAACUCGGACUGAGCCUGGGGAGGUGAGGGGGAAGGGAGACCCUGGGAGGGCAGGAGUGGGUUACUCCCAGCUAUUCAUCUCUGUGCUUUUGGCCUCCCAGGGUGGGGGCAAGGGGUGUAGUAGAGAGCUGUGCAGA